UUCUAGCCCGCCCUUCUCCCCGAGGGGACUCAAGGCGGCUUACACGACUGGCAGGAUCACGACCAGGAUAUCAUCAUCAUACAAGAAAAGAAGAAAAGAGUGAAAUGAUGUGACUCCAGGCAGCCAGUAUUUAUACCUCGUCCUUCUCGCCCCAAAGGGGACUCAGAGCAGCUUUACAGAACACACAUCCGGCAAACAUCCAGUGCCUGAUUGUACAAUUGACAAGGACAGACACAGAGGCAACCUCUGAAUGAACAUUGUGAAGAACACUUUGCCCUUUGCCUUAGGUCUGAAAAGAAAGCACACAGCACUGACAAGAACAAGAAAUAAGUUGGAGAAAUUAUAUUUCAAGCUACAUACCUGUUGUGUAAUCAAGGAGGAAAGAGCGGACUGUGCUUUAAAAAGAGUGGUUGGUAGAGAGAAAAGAAGACUUCUGCUUUACAAAGACUGUUUAGUAGUAAAUAUCAACUUCUGCUAUAAUAUUUGAAUAAUAAAUGUUAAAGAAUGGAAAAGGAGAAGCUACAUAAAUGUAUGGACUGUGGGAAAUGUUUCAUUGGGAAAAGUUCUCUUACUACACAUCAACGAAUUCACACAGGAGAGAAGCCAUAUAAAUGUGUGGAAUGUGGAAAGAGCUUCAGUCAGAGUGGACAUCUGCGUAUCCAUCAAAGGAUGCACACAGGGGAGAAGCCACACAAAUGCAUGGAAUGUGGGAAAGCCUUCAGUGAAAGUGGAAAUCUGCGCACCCAUCAAAGGACCCACACAGGGGAAAAGCCACACAAAUGCAUGGAAUGUGGAAAGAACUUCAUUAACAGUUCAAAUCUUCAUACCCAUCAAAAGACUCACACAGGGGAGAAGCCACAUAAAUGCAUGGAAUGUGGGAAAGCCUUCAGUGAAAGUGGAAAUCUGCGUUCCCAUCAAAGGACCCACACAGGAGAGAAGCCACAUAAAUGCAUGGAAUGUGGAAAGAGCUUCAGUCAGAGUGGAUAUCUGCGCACCCAUCAAAGGACCCACACAGGGGAGAAGCCACAUAAAUGUGUGGAAUGUGGAAAGAGCUUCAGUCAGAGUGGAUAUCUGCGCACCCAUCAAAGGACCCACACAGGGGAGAAGCCACAUAAAUGCUUGGAAUGUGGAAAGAACUUCAGGGAAAGUCAAGAUCUGCGUUCCCAUCAAAGGACCCACACAGCAGAGAAGCCACAUAAAUGUGUGGAAUGUGGAAAGAGUUUCAGUCAAAGUGGAGCUCUGCGUACCCAUCAAAGAACCCAUACAGGGGAGAAGCCACAUAACUGCAUGGAAUGUGGAAAGAGCUUCAGGUUCAGUUCGAAUCUUCGUACCCAUCAAAGGACGCAUACAGGGGAGAAGCCACAUAAAUGCAUGGAAUGUGGAAAGAACUUCAGUCAGGGUGAACAUCUGCGUACCCAUCAAAGAACCCAUACAGGGGAGAAGCCACAUAAAUGCAUGGAAUGUGGAAAGAACUUCAGUAACAGUUCGAAUCUUCGUACCCAUCAAAAGAUUCACACAGGGGAGAAGCCACACAAAUGCAUGGAAUGUGGAAAGAGCUUCAGUGAUAGUGCAAAUCUGCGCAGCCAUCAAAGGAUGCACACAGGGGAGAAGCCACAUAAAUGCAUGGAAUGUGGAAAGAGCUUCAGUUGGAUUGUAGAUCUCCGUACCCAUCAAAGGAUGCACACAGGAGAGAAGCCAUAUAAAUGCAUGGAAUGUGGAAAAAGCUUCAGUCAGAACGGACAUCUGCAUUCCCAUCAAAGAACCCACACAGGGGAGAAACCAUAUAAAUGCAUGGAAUGCGGGAAGAGCUUCACGUCAGAGAGUUCUCUUGCUAAACAUCAACGAACUCACACAGGAGAGAAGCCAUAUAAAUGUGUGGAAUGUGAAAAGAGCUUCAGUCAGAGUGGACAUCUGCGUAUCCAUCAAAGGAUCCACACAGGAGAGAAGCCACAUACAUGCGUGGAAUGUGGAAAGAGAUUCAGUCAGAGUGGAAAUCUACGCACCCAUCAAAGGACUCAAACAGGGGAGAAGCCACAUACAUGCAUGGAAUGUGGAAAGAGCUUCAGUGAGAGUGGACAUCUGCGUAUCCAUCAAAGGAUGCACACAGGAGAGAAGCCACAUACAUGCAUGGAAUGUGGAAAGAGCUUCAGUGAGAGUGGAAAUCUACGCACCCAUCAAAGAACUCACACAGGAGAGAAGCCACAUACAUGCAUGGAAUGUGGAAAGAGCUUCAGUCAGAGUGGACAUCUGCGUAUCCAUCAAAGGAUGCACACAGGAGAGAAGCCACAUAAAUGCAUGGAAUGUGGAAAGAGCUUCAGUCGGAGUGGAGAUCUCCGUAACCAUCAAAGGAUGCACACAGGUGAGAGACCACAUAAAUGCAUGGAAUGUGGAAAGAGCUUCAGUCGGAGUGGAGAUCUCCGUAACCAUCAAAGGACUCACACAGGUGAGAGACCACAUAAAUGCAUGGAAUGUGGAAAGAGCUUCAGUCAGAGUGGAGAUCUACGCACCCAUCAAAGGAUGCACACAGGGGAGAAGCCACAUACAUGCAUGGAAUGUGGAAAGAGCUUCAGUCAGAGUGGAGAUCUACGCACCCAUCAAAGGAUGCACACAGGAGAGAAGCCACAUACAUGCAUGGAAUGUGGAAACAGCUUCAGUCAGAGUGGACAUCUGCGUAUCCAUCAAAGGACUCACAAAGGGGAGAAGCCACAUACAUGCAUGGAAUGUGGAAAGGGCUUCAGUGAGAGUGGACAUCUGCGUAUCCAUCAAAGGACUCACACAGGGGAGAAGCCACAUACAUGCAUGGAAUGUGGAAAGAGCUUCAGUCAGAGUGGAGAUCUACGCACCCAUCAAAGGAUGCACACAGGGGAGAAGCCACAUACAUGCAUGGAAUGUGGAAAGAGCUUCAGUCAGAGUGGAGAUCUACGCACCCAUCAAAGGAUGCACACAGGGGAGAAGCCACAUACAUGCAUGGAAUGUGGAAACAGCUUCAGUCAGAGUGGACAUCUGCGUAUCCAUCAAAGGACUCACACAGGGGAGAAGCCACAUAAAUGCAUGGAAUGUGGAAAGAGCUUCAGUCAGAGUGGAGAUCUGCGUAUCCAUCAAAGGACUCACACAGGGGAGAAGCCACAUACAUGCAUGGAAUGUGGAAACAGCUUCAGUCAGAGUGGACAUCUGCGUAUCCAUCAAAGGAUGCACACAGGAGAGAAGCCACAUAAAUGCAUGGAAUGUGGAAAGAACUUCAGGAACAGUUCGAAUCUUCGUGCCCAUCAAAAGAUUCACACAGGAGAGAAGCCACAUAAAUAGGACAAGUGCAAAGAAGCCAGAAUGUUUGUCCAAAGAACUUCUAACGACUAUGACUCAAAAGAGACAUGAACAGGAAGUGGAAGGGGAAGAAAUCACAAAAUCAUAUAACCAGAGAGUUGGAAGAGACCUCAUGGGACAUCUAGUCCAACCCCCUGCCAAGAAGCAGGAAAUUGCAUUCAAAGCACCCCGGACAGAUGGCCAUCCAGCCUCUGCUUAAAAGCCUCCAAAGAAGGUUCCACAGCUGAACUGCUCUCACAGUGAGGAACUUCUUCCUUAUGUUCAGGUGGAAUCCCCUUUCCUGUAGUUUGAAGCCAUUAUUCUGCAUCCUAGUUUGCAGAGCAGCAGACAACAAGCUUGCUCCCUCCUCCUUAUGGGAUUUUGGCCUGCAUAAAUAGGGGCAGAGUGUCUAGAUCCAGGGAAGUCAUGGCACCCCUCUAUUCUGCCUUGGUCAGACCACUUUACCUGGAAUCACACUGUGUCUAAUUCUGGGCACUGCAAUUGAAAGGAGAUGUUGAAAAGCUGGAAGGUGUCAAGAGGAUGGCGACUAAAAUGAUCAAGGGUCUGGAGAACAAGCCCUAUGGGGAGCGGCUUAAAGAGCUGGGCAUGUUUAGCCUGCAGAAGAGUAGGCUGAGAGAAGAAUGAAUAAAUGCAUGUGCAAGUAUAUAUGAAAAUAUCAAUCUGGGUUUGUAAAAGGAAGACAAAUGUCACGUUUGAUAGGAAGAGUAUGAAACAAAAUGUGUGUGUCUCAAGAGAGGAAGUUAAAAGUGGGGAUACUAGCAUUAGAUAUAUUUAAUGCCUUGAUUGUGUAGCAUGGCAGAUAAUAAGUGAGAUUAUGAAUUAAUUUGGAAUGGGAAGUAGAAUAAAAGGAUGAUUAGAACCAUUUUAUUUGCUAUGGUGAUAGAAUUAUGUGCAAACGCCAUCCAAAAAGGUAAGAAUGUAGAAGGUGUAGGAAUAAAGGAAAAGCAGAAGGUGAGCUUAUUUGCUGAUGACACAUUGUUAUUGAUUAAAUAUCUGGGUAGGUCAAAUGGAUAGGAGAGAGGAUCAUUGAAAGAUAUUUGGGAAAACAGUGGGUUUAUAUUAUACAAAGAAAGAAGAAAAAGACUUUAU